AUGUCUAAUUUUAGGGAUAUCAAGUUUGGUUGGAAAAUUGUAGUUGGCUCAAUAGUUGGAUUCUUUGGUGCAGCAUUGGGUAGUGUGGGAGGUGUUGGGGACAGAAUUGAAGAACUGUAUGCCAUUGGUCAUGCAGGUAUGGUAAUGGGUGCUGCAGCCAACGCUCAUGCUAGGCAUCAGCAUAGAAGUUGCCUUCAACAUCUUGUUCGCCAACUGGAUGGUCACAGUUCUACUUAUCAUUCUCUUCUUAGGUACAGCGGCAAAAGCUUUAAUGAAGGGCAUAGAAACAUGGAAGAAAGAGACAAUGAUGAAGAAGGUAAGGAAGCAGAAAAGCAGUUGAAAUCGGACUCCAAACCUGGUGUUGCAGAUGGUUUUGGAGAAGACUAUAAACUGCUACCUAGUGGUCCAGCUUCAUUGCCAGAUGAGCAGAGUGCAUUUCCUGCAGUGGUUAAAAUUUUGAUACCUUUUGCACCACUUUUUGUUGUUCUAGCUGCAUCACUGCUUGAAUGCAGUGUAUUCUCUGAGAAUCUUGUCCGUCUCAAAGCUUCAAUGGUUGCUGUAACAUUGCCAGCUGAUCUGUCUCUAAUGGCUCAUGCUCAGACAGUGUUAUCUGGAGAAGUUGGGGUGGUUAUUCUUUCUGUGCUGUUAGUACAUAUUGCUGGUUUCUUUGUGGGGUAA